CUCUCUGUGCUUUACAAUGCUUCCCUAUGCUUAAUUUUUAUAAGGGUCAGUUAAUUAGUCAAAAAGUAAAAUUAGCUGUGCCAGCUCCUGAGUUGUUUUUUUUAAAUUACAAAAUCUUUUUUUUGUAUCUGGUUCUCUGUGAUAAAUAGUGUACAGUUUAACUGAAAAACAAAGCAAUGAAUAAAACUGAAUGGGACUGUUGGAUGCUGUCUGUAGCUUUAAAUUCCACCUGCAGUGCUGUAAAUCCAUGGCAGGCUGCUCGCACCCCCGUGUGCCCGCUGCAGUGGUACGCUCCAGGCUGGAUGCUGCUUCACAGCAUCACCAGGACGUUGCUAGAACAAGAGAGGGGAGCUGCGGAGUGGUUUAGCCGACUGUAGAAACAGAUUGUCUAUUAUUGUGUUGCCAGAGCAUCAGCAGGACCUAUCUCAGGACCAAAUCACACUUCUGUUUGACAAUAAGAGACAAAAACAAAGUUUGUCCCACGCCAGCCAGCCAGCCACCGAGGAGAGAGCGAGACUUCGCAGAGAAAGCAAGCCAGCAUGACCCAGGGCAAGAUCACUGUUGUCAACAAGACGGCCAAUGGGAGCGAAGGGGGCGGGGGUGCAGCUCCGCCUCCUCCCAGCUAUGAGGAAGCAAUCUCUGGAGAGAACAAGACAGGUGUCAGUCACCCCCCAGGCCCGCCCCCCAUUGUUCCUGUGCACCCCAGCUGGGCUUUCGUGGACCCCAACAGCAGCCCCAGCUACAGCAACGCUGGUUACCCCGGCGACGGUGAGAUGCUCACAGAAUUCAGCUGGGACGACAAAAACAUCCGCCGCGUUUUCAUCAGGAAGGUAAAGACUGCGACACCGCCUGGGCAGUGCAGUCAGGGCUGUGUCCCCUCCAAACCCGUCCCCGCUGGAACCAAACCCCACUGCCGCACACACCCCGAAACACAAGCCAAGCGCGGGAGCUCUCUGUCUUACUGGUAGUGCUGCACAAAACCACAAACCCAUUAUUCCAUUACUGGG